AUGGCGGAUUAUGACUUCAGCAAUGGCGACUUCCCUACGAGAGGACCCGUGGUGCUGGGAGUUUCGGCUGCGACGCUUGCCAUAUGUUCUGUCUUUGUUGGCUUUCGUCUGAUCUCCAGAUUUCUGGUCGUCAGAAAGCCAGGAUGGGACGACUACACAAUGAUCCUUGCGUGGGUUCUCGCGUUUGGCGCAUCCUUCUCUAUAUGCUAUGGCACAACGAAGGGCUUGGGACGGAAGCAGGAGAACAUUCCACCACAGUGGCAGGAGCCUAUGAAGAAGUCGUCCUUCGUCUUCUCCGUACUCUAUAACCCAGCUUUGAUGGCCACCAAAACCUCAAUCCUCCUCUUCUACCUGACACUAUCCAAGACGCAUAAAGUUUUUCGGUGGGCCACCAUCGCGACUCUUGUCGUCGUUAAUGUCGGCGGACUGGCUUUGACUAUUCUGAAUCUACUUCAAUGCCGCCCUAUCGGCGCCGCUUGGGAUUCUCCCGUUCCCGAUACAGCCCACUGCACGAACAUCGUCACGAUAUAUCUUUCCUCGGCACCGCUCAACAUCAUCACCGACAUAGCCAUUCUGUUCCUACCCAUGCCGAUACUCACUAGUAUGCGGUUGCCGAAAAAGCAGAAGAUAAUACUCGUCAUCACGUUCGGUUUCGGUAUCUUCGUCGCAGUCGUUGAUGUCAUCCGUAUCGCAUACCUGCAAGACGCUCAGCGCAACACACUUCAAGCCGCUCAACGACAGUCAUCCGAAUCUGGCAAUGAACAGAGGAACACUGGCGAUUUUGCCUGGUUUUCAUCUCUAUCGUUCAUGUGGAGCACUGUGGAGAUCAAUCUGGGCAUCAUGUGUGGAUGUGUUCCUGCAUUGAAGCCCCUUGUCAGAAGAUUCCUUCCUAGUUGGAUCAUCGACCAUACCAUGCGUGACAACACGACACAUACGAGCGAUGAGGCUGUACUUCACCCCGACAUUCUGGACUCCGGGCGGCGCUCAGACCCUUUGACACCCCCCGCCUCUCCACUUAGUAAGCCUCCGCUAGCUCGUAGAAGCGGUGGUGAUGAGCCUAUGGGCAUGAUGGACUUCUUAACUACGCCUGACAUGACAGAGCUACCCCAGCUGAGAUCAUCGAACACCACUGUUACCUACGGAGCGACUGCCCGCACUCAGCGCCAACCAACUUUCUUCGACUUUGUCAACACCGGGCAAAAAAAGAACAUUACUCUACGGAGCAAUCGCGAGAGUGUGUACCCGGUGAUAAUGGUAACCAUACUGUUCUUCAUUUGGGGCUUUGCCUAUGGUUUCCUCGACGUACUUAAUUCGCGCUUCCAAGAAGUAGCUCGCACGAGCGAAUGGGAGACGGUCGGCCAACAUAGUGCCUACUAUGCUGGGUACAUUGUGGGCCCUCUAACCUUUGGACGCAUCGUUUUCAAGGCUUGGGGUUUCAAAGCAUGCUAUAUGGUCGGUCUCUCGGUCUACGCUUGCGGAACCCUCGUCUUCUGGCCUUCCGCUGUGCUGAACUCCUUUCCAGCAUUUCUGAUCUCAAAUUUCAUCACUGGUGCAGGACUGUCGACACUGGAACUGGGCGCGAAUCCAUUCAUAGCUCUCUGUGGGCCGCCCGAGUAUGCUGAAGUGCGACUAAAUCUGUCGCAAGCUGUUCAGGCUGUUGGCACCAUCGUUUCCCCACUUUUGGCGAAGAAAGUACUCUUCCCUGCCAACGCUGCGAGCCUGAUUGACGUCCAGUGGACAUACCUCGGCAUUUCCUUCUUCAACAUCGUCCUUGCGAUCAUCUACUUCUAUGUACCGCUUCCCGAAGCUACCGACGAAGAACUGGAGCUUGCCAGUCAACGCACUGUGCCCUUUGCCCGCGAGGCCACCAUCAAUAUUGGGUCUAAGCCAGUAAAAGUUCUUUGGAUCGGUCUGGGUAUGGCGGUCUUAUCGCAGUUCUGCUACGUUGGCGGUCAAGAGUCCACUUCCACCUCGUUUAAAGAAUACGUCAACCGCGUCGCGCCUUCAGUGGAUUAUGUGUCACAACAAGCCUAUGGACACACAGCGUUUGCAGUCUCUCGAUUCCUGGCAGCUUUCAUCGACAUUUGGGUGAAACCGCGCUUCAGUCUCCUAGUCUUCUAUCUAGGCGCGAUUGCCUCUGCUGCCGCAGCUAUGCAUGUUUCGGGCAGUACUGGUGCAGCAGUCAUUGUUAUCGUCAUGUUCUUUGAAGGUCCGUUAUUCCCACAAAUUUUCGCACAGGGGAUACGGGGCAUGGGUAAGCACACGAAAGAUGCUUCCGUACUUCUGACGGCAGCCAUCGGCGGAGGAGCCGUUGUCCCACCAAUAAUGUACGCUGCACUCAGGAUUAACAACGCACAAUACGCUUUCUGCGUCAUCACGGCGGCUUAUGCCGUUGGUGCAUUGUAUCCUAUAUACCUCAACUCACUACCUGCGUCGCGGAAGCUCUCCGAUCCUGUGCGCGACGAAAAGACGAGGAAGGAAUCAGAGGCUGAGGAGAAGCGACGAGGUUCCACGAGCGAAAAGCUUAGGACAUGGAGUAAAGUCAAGAAGAGGUUGAGUUUGAGCAAGGAAGAUGAGAGACUACCUUCCGUUGAGCACCGAGAGCGGCGCAGUUGGCCUGAGGGAUUGGCGCCGCGGAGUGAUAGCUUGGCCAUCGAACCUGUGCGAACUCGUACACCGAGCUCAUCGAGUUCCAUGAGCAGUACCUCAGGUAGUUUUCCGACGCGCGUGCGCUGA